AUGGCUCCUGAGUAUGUUGUCUGCGGGAAGUUAACUGAGAAAGCAGAUGUUUAUAGUUUUGGUUUGCUUGUUAUCGAAGUUGUCUGCGGGAGGAGAAGAAAUUCGUUCUCUGAAGAUUCGUAUUCCAUUUUACAAAUGGUUUGGAACAAUUAUGGUACAGGGAAAUUAUGCGACGAAGUUGAUUCAACUCUGGAUGGUAGGUUUCUAGCUGAUCAGGUUUCUAGGGUACUCCAAAUAGGGCUUCUCUGUACACAAGCCUCUGCAGAAUUGCGUCCAGUAAUGUCAAUGGUGGUGAAAAUGCUCACUGAAAACUAUGACAUACCUCAGCCAACACAACCACCAUUUCUCAGUUUUAGUAGCUUACCAAAGUCAUUCACUCCAAAUGAGACUUACAAUCCCAGGCCAAUUCCUACACUGGAUCUUCUGGGAAUGACGCGACACACAACUUAG